AUGCGGCACAAGGCGUUUUGGAGUGCCCUGGAGUACACCUGCCGAUUGCUGGGCAUCUCCACUGCAGCAGUGCUGAUCGGUGUGGGCGUAGAAACUCUGCAGCGAGGACAGUUCAAAAGCCUGGCUUUCUAUCUGCUUUUUUCAGGGGUUGCAGUUACUGUCUGUGAAGGCUUCUUCUUUAUCAGUUUGUUCCUGGAGAUGUGCUUCACAUAUCAGCCUGACUCCCUGGCACAGGCUUGCUGGAAGCGAGCUAGACACCCGGGGAGCUUCCAGAAAUUCCUGGGGUACAUGCUGCUCUCAGUGGCUUGCUUCCUGCAUCCUGUCCUCGUCUGGCACGUCACCAUCCCUGGGUCCAUGCUGGUGCUCACUGCCCUGGCAUACUUCCUGCGUGCAGAUGAAAGAGGAGCAUGGUCUCUUUUUGCCUUGUCCCAGCCCUCAGCCAACAUGGCCUUCUCCCCAGGGUCCAUGCUGGUGCUCACUGCCCUGGCAUACUUCCUGCUAACCACUGCUGGUGACACUGAGCAGACCUACACCUUCCACGGGGCCCAGAGGGAGGAACACCGCUCGCUGCUGGGCCACAUGAAGAGCAUCCUGAAGGGCAGCAAGGACAGGAGCCCGUCCCCAGCAGCUCCUGCCCAACCAGUGGCCCCACCAGCCCCACGCAAGCAAGUACACUUCCAGGAGAAGGUGGUGCAGAUCAUUCCUUCUGUCAGUGAGAGCUUGGAGGACAUGGAGAGUGAGGCUGAAGAGACCACGUCAGACACAACACCCAUCCUCACCCCACCCGAUGCCCCCGUCAUCCUUGCUCCCCUCAGCUCCACAGGCCUCUUUUGA